AUGUGUCACACCCAGUCGUGCGCAUUCUUUCUUCGCCUCGCAAGCAUUCAACCGUCUAGUGCGGCUUCUCUUUUCUUCCAACUUACCAGUCUAGCGAUUCUGUGGCUACAACCAAGAUCAAUGCCACUGCCGCUGUUUGGUCUUGUUCUCGUGUGUCUCGCAGGUGCGGGCAAUGGUCUUCGUUGCCACCUCGACCCGACCGUAAACGGGGAAAACGCAACAGAAUGCGACAACGGGUACUGCUUUACAGGAAUUCACGGGCGCGGCUGUCUUGAUAAUUGCUCCACAAACGAUACCAUUACAGUCUGCUGCGAUUUUGAUUACUGCAAUAAUGGAACGGAUGCGACACCAUCAGGCGUUCCUAUUCAAUGUUACUCUUGCUCGACUGACAGCAAAGAUCGGUGUGAUGAGCAGCAAACCCUAGUACCGUGUGAAGUAGGAAAACUGUGUCGCACUGUAGUGCACACGCUAUCAUCAAUUUUUGGAGGAGGAGUCAGUUCGGUUCAAAAAAACUGCUUUUCCAGAGAAACGUGCAAGGAAUUAGAUGAAUGCAAUACAGAUAUGGGUGGAAACUGCAUUAGAUGUUGUGAUUGUGACCGUUGUAAUGAAGGAGAUAUUGACACUCGACCUAGGUGCCCAGAACCUAGUACUCAACCAAAUACCCCGACUCCAAGAGUUACUCCCAGUAUUACAAGUACAAGUGCAAAGACUACAGUCGCUCCAAAUGUUACAAGUGCAAGUACAAUUACAAGUACAAUUACAAGUACAAAUACAAGUACAAACAUUACAAGUGGUGCUGCAAGUAUUCUUAGUCCACUAUCAGAAAUCCUGUUUGUUGUUGCUGUCACAUGUACAGUCAUGUGAAACUAGCCAUCCUACUGAACAGCAACUGGAAGUGAAUCAGUAUGCUUUCCAAAUAUUCGUGUGACACUGUAUUAGUUAGACUAUAAACACAGCACCACUAGUAGGGUUGCUGAUAUGAUUCUCAUUUGACUAGUGUUUUGUUCUGGUUUGUUGACUUACAAUAGAUUACACAUGGAAU